CUUCAAUUCUCGUUCUCGAGUUAUUGUCGUUCACAUUGAUACUGACACCGACAAAAACGCUACUGACCCUUAUGUUUGAAACUUCAAAAGUCGUGGAAGUAUCUACCUGAAUUGGCCUCUAUUCAAUGUUUCACCGAUUCCCGCAAAUCACAGCCAGAUAGAGUUACAACUCCAACCACAACAAACAAAUUUGCACACCCCAUCUCACUGCGCCUCAACCCACCCAAACAAAACUACAACAUCUAGCACCAAACUCUGGCUUUCCACUGGCCAAACAAACCUAAGACUCCACCAAUACAACGAGCAACCGCACCACCCACUCCCCAAUCCACCAAAAUGGUCUGGUUCGAGCACCGCCCCGACACUGACACUCUCGAUCGCAUAGAUGCGUUAGUAUGGGUGUUACAUCUUAUCGUCUUCGCACUUGUGGGGUUGAUGCUGGCCUGCUAUGUCCUAGCGUACAUGAUUUGGAAGGCGCUGAGCCAGGCGACGAGGGAGUUGGAUCAGGGAGAGAGGGCAGGGAGGAAGAGAGACUGAGGAAAGGGGGGAGGUUAGCUGGAGUUUUAGUUCUGGGAAGGUUAAGGAUUAGAGGUUGGGGUUGGGUUUGGAAAGGAUAGGGGGGUGGAUGAAAUGAGAGAAAGGAAG